CUUCCCAACCUUAUAAGAAAAUCGCCCAGAUUAUUUGAUUUGCAGACACCUCAAUAUAAUUACCAUGGCAACCGUGUACCUAGCUAAGAACUCAUUCUUCACUAGUUCCAAGGCCUUCUUCCCCCGAAACCCUUGUAGAUUCUCUUCCACUUCUAAGGUCUCAAGGGUUUCCUUCACCUCUUCUGCUUCCAAAUACUCUGAGAAUCGAAAUGCAGAAGAGAUGGGAGAAAAGGCGAAGGAUAAAGUAAAGGAAGAGAUGGGCAGAGCCAAAGAGAAAGCAAGUGAAGUGAAAGAUACCACGAGCGAGAAGGCAUCCAGUAUGUCCGAUAGGGCAAAGGAAGGGAUGGGAAGAUCUAAAGAGAAAGCAAGGAAAGUAAAGGAUAUGACUGGCGACGUGGCAUAUGGUGUGAAGGAGAAGACGAGCGACGUGACUGGGUCCGUGGCGGAUAAAGCUAAGCAAGGAACGGAGAAGGCAACGGAGGUGGUACAGGAGAUAGGGGAGAAGGCGAAGCAGACGAUGCAGGGUGCAUGGGGAGCGGCUAAGGAGACGGGCCAGAAGAUUAAAGAGACUGUCGUUGGCAAGGAAGACGAUAGUGAUUAUUCCACCACCGAUGAUGAAAUUGAAGACCUCAGCAAGCGAGCUGGAGAUUAUGGUAAGAUAAAUAGAAAGAAAUAAUUAAAGAAGUUCUGAUUUUAAUGGUGGUUUUGUUGAUGGUAGUAGUGAAGUUAAUUAAAAACUGUAUAUUGUAAUCUUUUUUGUUUCUAUUCUAGUUCUGCUCUCGAAUUAGGGUUAUAACUGUAACAAUGAUAAGUUUGAAGUUGAAAUUUCAAGUUGGUAAUCUGGCUCACUGAUCCAUUAAUUUGAGAACCAACCUUGGCCAA